AUGCCAUACGACACAGCACCGGAACCGGCCAUGCCCAGCCGCGCCGCCCUCGUCGACUUCUUCUCCCGCGGCCUGACGGCGUUCCAGUCGUCCAAGGAUGUGUUCCGCGUCGUCUGCACCCUGUCCCGACGGAGCCCGGCAGCCGCGGCGGGCCAUGACGACAUCGCAGCGGCGCCGGUGCCGCGGCCGCCGAGGGAGGAACAGCCGCCGCGGCGGGUGAGGAGCCUCGUGGUGCUGGACUCGUCAUUCAACCCGCCCACGCUGGCGCACCUGCAAAUGGCCGUCUCCGCGAUUCGGGACCUGCAGGGGGGACAGCCACAGGAGAGGUCGGCUGUGAGGUUGCUGUUGCUUCUCGCGGUCAACAAUGCCGAUAAGAAGCCCACGCCCGCAGCGUUUCCCGUACGGCUCGGGAUGAUGCACGCCUUUGCUCAGGAUCUGCUCGAUGAGCUGAGGGGGCCGGCCCCGUCGUCUCAGGGGAAGGAGAGUGGGAAGCGAGAGCGCGAGGCGGUGGAAGGGGGCGAGGAGGACAUUGACGUCGAUCUGGGGCUGACGACGAUGCCGUACUUCCACGACAAGAGCCAGGCUAUCUCGGACGAGGGGUUCUAUGCUGUAGACGGGGAGGGCCCGGAGCAGGUCUAUCUCGCGGGGUAUGACACGCUGAUCCGUAUCUUCAACCCAAAAUACUACAACGCUGCCGCACCGUCACCGUCAACUACAGCGGGCGACGGCAGGGGAGAAGCGGAAGCCGUGGCGCCGAUUCGGCGGGCCCUGGACCCGUUCCUUGAGAGAUCCAAGCUGCGGAUCACGAUGCGGACAGACGACGAAUGGGGCAACGAGGGGGAGCAAGUUGCGUAUCUUGAGAAGUUGCGGGAUGGCGGGCUGGAAGAGGUCGGCGGGCGAGGGGCGUGGGCGGAGAGGGUCGAGAUGGUCCGGGGAAUGGGGGAGGCUGUUAGUAGUACAAGGGUCAGAGAGGCCGCGAAGAGAGCGGAUGAGGAGGGGUUGGGACGGUUGGUCGGAGGGAGGGUCAAGGAAUGGGUGUUGGGCGAGGGAUUGUAUCGCGAGUGA